AUGUCCGAAGGCAACGUCAAGCCGACGGCGCCAGUCGUGGCCGAGGCCCACGAGGUCGACACCUUCCACGUCCCCAAGGCGUUUUUCGACAAGCAUCCGCACUCGAAGCCGCAUCUUGCAAAUCUAGAGGAAUACCAGAAGCUGUACAAGGAGUCGAUUACCAACCCAAAGGUUUUCUGGGGCAGGCUAGCACGCGAGCUGCUCACGUGGGAGCGCGACUUUGAGACGGUACACUCGGGCAGCUUUGAGCAUGGCGACAAUGCGUGGUUCGUAGAGGGCAGGCUGAAUGCCAGCUACAACUGUGUUGAUCGCCAUGCCUUCAAGGACCCCAACAAGCCUGCCAUCAUCUAUGAAGCUGACGACGAGGGCGAUGGUCGCAUUAUCACAUAUGGAGAGCUGCUCCGCCAGGUCUCCAAGCUAGCCUUUACACUCAAGGAGAUGGGUGUACGAAAAGGUGAUACUGUCGCUCUGUAUCUGCCCAUGAUUCCCGAGGCAGUCAUUUCCUUCUUGGCAUGCACACGUAUUGGUGCCAUUCACUCUGUCGUAUUUGCUGGCUUUUCGUCUGAUUCACUACGCGACCGUAUCAACGAUGCCGAGUGCAAGGUUGUCAUCACCACUGACGAGGGCAAGCGCGGCGGCAAGACUAUCAGCACCAAGAAGAUUGUCGAUGACGCUCUCAAGCAAUGCCCUGGCAUCACCCACUGCCUGGUCUACAAGCGUACCGGCGCUGAAGUGCCCUGGACAAAGGGCCGGGACUGGUGGUGGCACGAGGAGGUCGAGAAGUGGCCCAGCUACAUUGCACCAGAGCCAAUGAACUCGGAAGACCCCCUUUUCUUGCUCUACACAUCUGGUUCUACUGGUAAGCCCAAGGGUGUCAUGCACACAACUGGUGGUUACCUUCUCGGAGCUGCGGCGACUGGAAAGUAUGUGUUUGAUAUUCACGACAACGACGUCUUCUUCUGCGGUGGUGAUGUAGGCUGGAUUACUGGCCACACAUAUGUCGUAUAUGCGCCUCUGCUGCUUGGUGUAGCCACUGUUGUUUUCGAGGGCACGCCUGCUUACCCCAACUUCUCACGGUACUGGGACAUUGUUGCCAAGCACAACGUCACCCAGUUCUAUGUUGCGCCGACCGCGCUGCGGCUGCUCAAGCGUGCGGGCGACGAGCACGUCAAGCAUGACAUGAAGAAACUCAGAGUGCUCGGCUCUGUCGGUGAGCCGAUUGCGGCUGAGGUGUGGAAGUGGUACUUUGAGGUUGUCGGCAAGGAGGAGGCGCAUGUUGUUGACACCUAUUGGCAAACCGAGACUGGCUCUCACGUCAUUACGCCACUGGGAGGUAUCACACCCACCAAGCCCGGAUCAGCAUCUCUCCCAUUCUUUGGCAUUGAGCCUGCGAUUAUUGACCCGGUCUCGGGCGAGGAGAUCCAUGGCAACGACGUUGAGGGUGUACUGGCCUUCAAGCAGCCAUGGCCUAGCAUGGCACGCACAGUCUGGGGAGCACACCGGCGGUACAUGGAGACAUACCUGACGGUCUACAAGGGCUACUACUUCACUGGAGAUGGUGCGGGCCGUGAUCACGAGGGCUACUACUGGAUCCGGGGACGCGUUGACGAUGUUGUCAAUGUAUCGGGACACCGGCUGUCUACAGCAGAGAUUGAAGCCGCGCUUAUUGAGCACCAUCAAGUGGCUGAGGCUGCAGUUGUGGGGAUCCAUGACGAGCUGACAGGCCAAGCCGUCAACGCGUUUGUGGCGCUCAAGGACGGUGCCGAGACUAGCGAUCAGGUCAAGAAGGAUUUGGUGAUGCAGGUGCGCAAGUCGAUUGGGCCGUUUGCCGCACCAAAGGCGAUUUUCGUAGUGCCGGACCUGCCCAAGACACGAUCGGGCAAGAUUAUGCGUCGCAUUAUGCGCAAGAUCUUGGCUGGAGAGGAGGACCAGUUGGGCGACAUCACAACGCUCUCGGAUCCGUCGAUAGUCGACAAGAUCAUCGACAUUGUGCACCAGGCGAAGAAGAAAUAG